AUGUUCCAGCCAUUCGAGAGCCACGCCCAGCAAUGGAUCAAGCGGCACGAGAGAUCCGCCGAGGAAUACUGUCAGAGGACCUGGGCAGCCGAGAGCUCGAGCUCACAAUCUAACCUCGAACGAUUUAUCCGAUCGGCAGCCAACGCGACCCCGCCGAUAAUACUCCCCUCGUUCGCCCAGGAUUCCUUGCAGCCUGGCUGGUCCGAACACCUACUCGAGGACGAAUACGGUGGGCCCUCGUUGGACCUCGACCCCAACCUGGGCCAGUCAGUCCAGGUCCCCCUCGGCAAGGCCAAGCUUAUACCUCUACCCCCGGCUUACCUCAACGGCGACACAACUUUCGAACGCCAAGACCCCCAAACCGUGCACACCAAAUUCGAGAAUAUCACGAGCUCGUUCAUCGGCGUCGGAGGGCAUCUCUACCAACUCAGAGAGGUAGUCGACUACUGGCUUCCCAGAGAUAGUCCAGACAGCCUGGAGCUGGCUCGAGUCAGAUGGUGGCCAAGCCAGCUGGUCGAACAAGCUCGCCUGCGAACCAUACACGAAAUCAACUCAAUUCAACUCAGCUUCACGGAUAAUUUGCAUCUGGUCAAUAACGCAAUCUGUGAUCUCAGAGAGGGCGCUUUUGGUGGCCGUCUCAACACCAAGACGGUGGUCUGUGCGAAAGAAAUGUUUGAAAACCUGCGGGAUUUGAGACGAUUGCUGACACGAGUCCAACGACCGGCAUCGGAGAGGGUCAGAUCACUGAAGGCGAUGUCCACCUGGCUCUCAGGGACAUGUUUAGUGGCACUCACGGAAGAUUUACGGGAGCCAUACAUGGCCGAGCGGUUUGACCAAAAUGACCCGAACCAGGCCCAUCUAGGCGAGCUUUUCAAACAGCACUGUCUCGGCCUCACCGUCACCAUCAAGAUCCUCUCCCAGGUCUAUGAGAACCUUUCGGAGAUGUUCAAGACGAUCGACGCCAUUAGCAAGACGAUGAUCGAGGGCAUCCACAAACUCAUGCUCGACGUCCAUCUCGGCCAGACCACCGGCGAGUUCAUCGCUAGCUGGGCUAACCGUUGGGAACGCGUUACCUUCGUCUUGCUUAUCAGAAUCGUCGGCCUGCCUGCGAUCAAUGCUGGCCUCCAAAGGGACUUCCCGACCACGGAAGUCGAAUACUUUCUCCCAGAAUGA